CCCCGUGCGGCCGGCAGGUGGCGCUGUGCGGGGAGGAGCUCUUCUGCACAAGGAGGAAGCGGCGGAGAGUGCGGCGCACGGAGCAGGGUGGAGGAAGUACCGGGCUGGAGUGACAUCGCUAACCCCUCGCACAUCAUGUCUGUGAACCUCAGCAAGAAUGGAGCCGCUCUGCAGGCCGCCUACAAGGACGUGGUGGACGGGAAGACGAAGACUGACUGGGCUCUCUUCACGUAUGAAGGCAACAGCAACGACAUCAGACUGGCAGGGACCGGAGAUGGAGGCCUGGAAGAACUUGUGGAUGAGCUGAGCAGCGGUAAAGUCAUGUAUGCCUUCUGCCGAGUGCAAGACCCCAACUCUGGGCUCCCCAAAUAUGUCCUUAUUAACUGGACAGGGGAAGGGGUGAAUGAUUCCAGAAAAGGGGCUUGUGCCAAUCACGUCAGUACUAUGGCAAACUUUCUAAAGGGAGCCCAUGUGACAAUUAAUGCCCGUGCUGAUGAGGACGCGGAGCCAGACACCAUCAUGGAGAAGGUUGCCAAAGCUUCUGGAGCCAAUUACAACUUCCAUAAGGAGACCAGCAGAGGCAGUGAUGCUCCCCAGGGCCCGGUGGGCUCUGUGUACCAGAAAACAAAUGCAAUGUCUGAAAUAAAACGGGUUGGAAAAGAGAACUUCUGGGCCAGGGCAGAGAAAGAUGAAGAGGAGCGCAUACUGGAGGAACAGAGAAGAACGAACUCGGAGAGGGAGAGAUUGGAGAGGGAGCGUAAAGAGAGAGAGCAGAAAGAGGCAGAGGAGAGGGAAAGACGAUUUAAGGAAAGGGCAGGAGCAAUAGAUGCCCAGAGGAUGCUACAGCUAGACGCAGACAAAAAAGAUCGGGACUCUGCUGCCCAGAGGUCAGUAAGUGCACGGGAGAUGUUCCAACAGAAAGAGCGCUCUAUGCCUAGUGCACCUGCGGCCAGCACCCAGCCUGGAAGGCUACGCAGUCCCUUCCUGCACAAGUCGACCAGUCAGCCUGAGCCAGAGUCUCCUCCAUCAUCCCCUGUAAAAAGUGUUCAAGAACCCCCUGCAUCCCCUGUGUAUCGUGCUCAUCAGACACCUCCAGAGUCUCCUGUUGCCCCUGUAUUUCAUGCACCUCCAGAACCCACUGUCAAUGUGAAAGAGCAAUCCUAUGAGCAGGAGGAGGAGGAUUUGUACCAGGAGCCCGAAGAAGACGUUGUCUACGAAGAGCCUCCUAAGGAGGAUUCUAGGGUGCAGCAAGAGGAGGCCAUCUAUGAGACUGGGGUGGAUGAAGACCGGGGACUGUGUGCCAGAGCGCUGUAUGACUACCAAGCUGCCGACGAUACGGAGAUAUCAUUUGACCCCGACCAAAUUAUCACACACAUCGAGAUGAUUGAUGAGGGCUGGUGGCGUGGAUAUGGACCCGACGGGCAUUUCGGCAUGUUCCCUGCCAACUACGUGGAACGGCUGGAAUGAGCGAAGGUGGAAGAAGAGAUUGAAGAGGGACCUUAAAAUGAGAGAGGCCCCUGUUUCACUGAAACGGUUAUAUUAUGAUGGGCUGUAACCACCUAAUGUUCUCCAUGUUCAGCCAUGUGGCAGACGGCUAGUCCUUACACAGUACACGCCAUUCUUCCUGCCCGCCACUUGCUGCUUUUUCUUUCUUGACUCUUCUUCACAUAGACCUAGGAGUUUGACAAAAGGAUAACGCAACUAGCAAGGUUGACUAUGGUACUUCCUUCUGUCUUGGCAUUGCAGUGACCUCUGGGGGGGACCUUUUGGUGUUGGUUUUUAUUUCUUGUGCCGCAAUUAUGCUUGGAGGAUCCUCCUCCACCAUGUCCCUCACUUCACCUAUUACUUGAGAUUCUGUCUUCUUCUUGAUUUCUUUUACAUUCCACUUAUAUCUGUGAGUUGUUCACGUACAAGACCAAUGAACAUUAUGGGACAAAGCACCCUUCCAUGUCAUUUUCAUUCAUUCCUUAGACGUAAAGAUGGCUGCACGCCACCUAAUACUGUAUCCGACAGGGCCAAUCACUGGGUGUAUAAGGGGCUAAAUACUUUUAGGUAGCUCUUCCUCCCCACCCCCUCUUAUACAUGCAUGUUCAGUUUGGCCGAGCAUGCACGUGUUCUCAAUAGUCAGAGGGAAAUAAGCCACUGCCAGACUCCUCUGGCAGUGGCUUAUCUCCCUUGAGAACAAAAGGGUUGGACAUGUUGAAAGGUAAUGGUCCCUUUUACACAGAACGACAAUCUAGCACAAUGUCAGGAAGGAAGCGUUCCUUCCUGACAAUCUGCUGAUCGCUAGUGGAGGAGACUAUUGCAUUUACAUGGACUGAUCUCCUCCAGAGUAUGGGGAGGAGCGACCGCUAAUGCCAUCGCUUUUCCCCAUACUGUCUCGUUAUUCCCGGCAGCAGCACCAUCUGCCACCGGGAAACAAAGAUCUUUUCUGCUGCACAAAAGAUGCAAUUACCCGAUGAACAAGCGUUUUGCUCGUUCAUCGGGUAAUCGGCGGUGCAUUUCCACCCCCAGAUCAUCGCUAACCAGCAUUACUAGUGUAAAGGGCCUUUUAACAUGCUCAGCUCGUCUUUUCCCUGAUACGUGUCUGCAGGGGAGAAUAGGGCACCCUCUGCAUAUUAGAUGGUUGGCCAUUCCAGUCAUACCCACCCAUUUUGACUGUAAUUAUCAAAUGAGGCGGAAUUGCCCGCUAAUGGAUUUCCAGAGACAAGAGAAAGCUGAAGAAUGCAGGGAAGACAGCAGCAACCAGUGCAAUUACCCCUACAGACCAACAUACAUGCCGGCCCACAAGCAAGAAUAUUUUG